AUAGUAUUUCACAAACCCUUGUAUUAUUCAAUAUGAUACUCGUAAAUGGCGUUCAACUGGCUCUUGGUCAUAGGGAUUCUUCUUCACCCGAGGGAAUAGAUAUUCUCAACUUCUUAGUGCGGCAUCCUGCUUUGAGGGCUGCAUCUUCUUCAUAUAAGGCCCUUCCAGAAAGAACUUUUUCUCUUUGCGACAAAUCUGAUUUCCUGGUCACAAGAGAAACUAAAUGGGUCUAUAUUAACCAAAAAGAAUACGCAACUGUGGAUCCUUACAUGGUUGACAUUGUUGGUACUGAUGGUCAGCAAACCUGUGUAGGUCUUGUCAUACGAAAUCCAAAAACGGGAAGGAUCUCUGUUGCCCAUAUAAUUUAUGACUAUAUUGUUGACAUGGGUAUAACCCAGAUGAUAUCCUCCAUAUGUGAUCAAGAAAGUAAUGAUAUAUUGGACGUUCAUGUAAUUGGUGGUUACAAUACUUCACCAAAACAAAGUUGUAGAAUGUGGGAUGGAGUUUCCACUUUUAUCUGUUUGAAGAUAGUUGAAAUUCUUUGGAAAAGCACCAAAAGAUUUAAUAUUCAAACUCUAUAUAUUCUUAAUGACAACACCAUAUAUGAUAGAGAAGGAAAUGCUUAUCCACUUCUCAAAGGUUUCCUGGUGGAAACUGGGAAAGGGUCAAUAUUUCCAGCAACCUUCCAUGUGACUACAAAAGGUCCUGAUGAAUACAUUCGAAGCAUUCGAGAACGGGCUUCUUUAAGGGAUCUCAAUUGGAAGAAUAGAUUCCUUGAGACAUAUGAUACUGAGUCUGACCAAUUUGUUAUUGCUCAUGUUUCUAGGGGCAAAAGAUAUUUGAAAUAUAUUGAAUCAUUGCGAAACCAAUCUGAUGAGGAACUUUGUAAUACUUAUUUCACUAUUCCAGUUCCAGCAAGUCCUCAUAAUAUACGUCUAAUAAGAAGCGAUUUGGAAGAGUUAUUUCAAGUUCCAGAUUGGGAAAAGGUAUUCCCAUUCAGACGACCUCGAAUAUUUUUUAGAUCCAAUAAUGGUGGUUGGACGAUGAGAACCCUUGAACAUGUUCAAAUAAUCAAAAGAACUGCGGGUAAGAGAUAGGGUUGGUCCAAGGAGAUGCAAUAUUCAAUACCCAACUAAACUUAGAUUAAAUAUAUAUUGUGAUAAUAUAUGAUGUAUUAUUAUUAUUUUAAUAAUAAUGUUGCACAGUUACAUGUCCUAUUGUAUAAAAUAAAGUAAUUAAUAAAUUUCACACCUAUGUUAUUUAUAGAUCAUCGUUUCUAAUCUUGGGAGGCAACCCAAUUUCUUCAUUUUUAUUUUCAUUUGUUUUCAGUCGUG